CUAUUUUUUAUAAAAUUGUCAAACAAAUUUCUUGAUUCUAAUACAAAGUAGUAAUGAAAAAAAUUAUUAAUUUUUUAAAUCUUUAGAUUUGAUUCUGCAUUACAAUAACAAAAUUAAUACAUGGUAAAUUAAAGAAGAAGAAGGGGUAGUCAACUACGAUAUUCCAGGUACACAGAUUGUUCAUAAGUUAAUACCUUAAUUUAUUCACCAGAAGAUAAAUUGCUUGCAUGCUGAUUUGCAAAAUUCAAUAGAUUAUAUUUGUCAUCAACAUCAAAAUGAAUAACACUAAUAUUUUUAGUAGCCCAUGGGAAAAUACACAAUUUUUUUCCGUUAUGAAAACAAUAAUUAUACUCGGUAAAAUAUUGUACAACGAUACAGAAUUACAUACAAUAGAAAUUGAACCUAUCCCCAUUAUCAAUGCUCUCUGUACAUUUCUGGACAAAAAUCGUUAUAACGAAAUUAAAAUUUUAGAUCUAGGACAUAAAUUACUGCAAGACACGGAAUUCUAUGGAUCAAAACAAAACGAAAGUCUUCAUAUAAGAUACGUAAAUGCCAUGCUGAACAAUAUCAUUGCAAACACUGUAUUUUCAAAAUUUGGCAAUACAUUUGGAUAUUUGUCAGCAGUAGUAAAUUCAACACGUGAUUUAAAAUUGCCAACUGUAAAAGAGAAAAUAAUAAAAAAUCUGCACAGGCAAACAUUUCUGAAUGACAAUGGCACGUUUAGCUUGCUCACUAAUACAACAAUUGAAAGAAUAACAGAAAACAUAAUUUUUCCACUUUUCCCACAACCAGAAAGAAACAUGAGUAUAAUUAAUUUAAAAUACAUAUACGCUCAAGCAGGUUGGAUAUUUUUACGCACUGCACAAGAAAAUUAUCAAAAUACAAGUUUUUCCGAAUUAAUUUCUUUGGCAAAACAUGUAGAACAAGAAGUAAUUCAAGGUAACAUAGACCCAAGUGCUUUGCAAAUUUUUCAACUACCAGCACUACUGUAUUACACUUAUCAAAAAGACAAUGGUAUCAAAAGAAAAAAUCUAAAGUUCAUUAUGGUUAGCACAUCAUUUUGGCAUCGCGUAUACAGUAAAUUAUUUACAGAUUUGAAUGUUACUUCCCAAAAAAUGAUUGCAUUACUCAAAAAAAGUUCAGCCUACCGUUUCCAUAUGGCAUUUUCAAAAUUUAAGAAUCGAACAGCAAUAGCAGAAGAAGUACUCCAAAAUUACUGUCCAAAUAUAACUGACUAUACAUCGAAUGUCAUUGACUACAAAAAUAAUCCAGAGGAAUAUUAUUGUAACAAGCAAUUACUACCGAACAUUAAUCAAAUGUUCUCGAAACAAAUUGAAAGCAUUGCCGAAAAGUAUUACUACUAUGAAAAGGAUUUAAUUAACCAUGUAUUUGAUGAGGAUUUAAAAAAAUUUAUCGAUCAAACAAACGUAACAAUUAAACCGAUUAAAGAUUUUUGGAAGUAUCAAUGUUUUAGAUGUGCUAUCCUCUCGGGUAGACCAACACUAAGUAGUGGAAUAGACUUAUUUCAAAUUAGCGAUGGAGGUGAGAAAAAACAGAUAUAUGCUCUAAUUCGCAGUACGAAUGGUAUGAAAUUGGUUCCUGCUACAGAUAUUAAUUCCUUUCUUAUUAAUGAAAUUGGACUAAAUGAACGAGCACAACUUGACAUUCCGUUCAUGGCCGAAGAUAUGAAAUCCGCAUCGGAUGAUAGUGAUUUUAAUACAUUUGUAACAUACAUUGCUAAAUAUAGAGAAAAGAAAGUUUUGGCUAAUCUAAAAAAUAUUGGUUAUGAAGCUACAACGACAGAAAAGGUGUUAAAUUUUUUUAAACAUCUGAUUCCGUUUUACUCAUGUGCUGAAUCAAUUAAUGGAGAUUUUGGUACAACGGAAAAAGUCAUGAAUUGUAUCUUCGAUUCUUUAGUAAUGCUUCCAGUUGUUGGAGUACUGACAUCAGUAGGUAUGAAAGUUACCACAACUGCGAUGAAAUCAGCAUUACUUAGUUUGGGUGUAGAGAUACAGACUUUAAGUUUAAGAGAGGCCUUUAGAACUGUUUUAAAAACUGGAUUCCGUUUAUUAGCAGUAAAUAUCAUUGACACCUUUUCACAAAUAAUAACAAAGCAAUUUUUUAGGGAUUUUGGUAUUGCAAUUCUUCGAGCAUUAGAUCCAGGAGUAGAAUUUGUGUACAUAUUAACCAAAGCAGGCGCUACGGCACUGAUGAAGAGCUUAAAAUUGAUCAGAAAUAAGUUUUCCGCUAAAGGUCUAAGAAAUCCAUCAACUGUUAGUGAUGUUAAGAUAGGUGACUAUAAGGGCCAUACAGUUCAAGUGCAAAGCAUAUCAGGACAGGAUGGAUUUGGAUUUAAAAGAAUCGAUUUUCAAGAUAAAAUUGUAGAGUUAAGGAGAAUUCGAGGUUACUCAAAUGAGAUGCCCGUUGUAGUUGUAAACGAAGGGAGAGUGCGAAAGAAAUUUAAAAUACUAGAUCUAGAGACUGGGAAACUUGGUCCUACGGAUUGGGAAGAAGAAGGUGGUGUUUUGGUGGUAGCAAAUAAACCUUUAACUGUUCGUUUAAGAACUAUCAUUACAGAAGGACUUAGUGGUAGAGGAGCUUAUCAGAUAGCUGUUGUCAGAUUAAAUAUUUUGGAUAAAAUUAAAUUUAAUGAAAAAAUAGCGCUUGAUUCAGUAAGUGACCCUGUAAAGAAUAAAAAUUUUGAAGAAACUUUAAAGUUUUAUGUUUUGGAAAAUUCCAACAAACAGCCUGCAGACAUUGUCGAACAUUGGUUGGAGCAUAAGACUGUACCGAUAUGGUGUGAAGAAUAUAAAAUAUCUGAUAGGGAACUUUUUAGGUCAUUGAGAUUUGCAGAAUUUGUGGAAGAUUCGAAUCUGUAUCAAGGACAGGCUGUUAAUCAAAUUAUGGAUUUAUAUGGACAGCAGUAUACAAGAGAUAUCAUCAAUGUUGACGUGGAUUCGUUGUCUAACUUUUAUUUUGAUAAACAGCUUCACAAUACCAUAGCAUUUAAUGACCAAUUUGCAAUAGCUAAUUUUAUUACUUCUGGAUAUAGUAGAAUACAUUUUGAUGAUUUAGAAGCUUGGAAUAUGAAACGUGCAUUGUAUAAAGCAGCAUUAAGGCAAUAUGAUGAUGUUUCCUGUCAUGGGUUGAUUAUGACGAAUUUCAUCUCAACUGAUAUGACAAUUCCGACUGAUUUUUUUCCUCUAAGUAAAGGUCAAAUUUUUGAAACAAACCAAUUUACCAUUCUUAAAAAGUAUGACAAUAGUUUAAUCUCUUCUGUCGAUGUGUUGAAGUAUAAUUCUAAGGAGGUUAUGAAUUAUAUAUAUCUCGAUGAACAUUUUUUGGCAGUAUAUUUGUUUAAAUAUUUGCCCUUUAAAUAUGAUCAAGCUAUUCUUCUUCCUGGAGUGAAAUUAAGGUUAGAAAAUUGGGAAUUGAAAAUAAUUGAUGGAGAGAGCGUUAUUUUGAUGCAAUGGAGAAGUCUUCCUAUUGAUCAUUCUAAAUGGUUGGCAGAUACAUUUAACAAAAUUAAAUUUGCAAUAGAUAAGGAGCAGCUUGCAAAUUCUGUUCUUAUGGAUUUCGAUACAAGUUUGUUAUAAAUUUUUGAUUUCAAACUAUUUUUAUUUAUAAAUUUUGUAAUUCAAAUCCCUUAACGACCUACAGAACUUGAGAGAAAAUACCCAGCUUUAUAAUCCGCAGGUUUUUAGUGUUGCUACUUAAAAAUCAUUGAAAAACAAAAUUUUGUAGUUGUAAAUUUCAGAUUACACAAAUUUUCUAGAUUAUGCUACUAGUUAAGUAUAUUGUACGAAAUAAAAAAUUCCUGAUUCUUUUUAGUAAUAUAAUUUUUUUAAUGGCUAUAAAAUUUUAAGAAAUCUAUCAUUAGACAUGGAGUUUCUAAAUUUUUAAAAUCAUAUAUUGACCGAGUUAUCAUGGUUUAAAUUCACGUGUCUUUUUGAAUUGUACUUGUUCAAUCCGUACCGAAAAUUUCCAAUGGUACUGUCUAUUUAUUUUUUUAAACUAUAGCAAUUUAACAUCGAACAUAUAUUUACACAAAUGGUAAGGUCGUAUUUGUAUGGUUGGAUAUAUUUGUAACAUGCGUGUGAAUUGUCAAGGUUAAUUUAUGUAUAAGACAACAUAAUUAAAAUUUAUUCAAAAAAAGUUAAGGAUUUCCACGUGUUAAUCAAAAAGGUAAAAUUAAAAACAUUAAAAUUUGUUUAAAUUCUAUGCAAAAAUAAUAAAAUUAUAAUUCUAUUAAGAAAAUUUUUGGCAUUCAAUGCGGACGGUAAAAUUAUAAAGAAUUAUUUGAUCGUUUUCAUUUUUCAAGUUUAGCUGAAAAUAGAAUUUUUGAUAUAGUUCUUUUUUUUAAAAAAAAUAUUGUCUUCUCAAAUAUAUGCGCCUAAACUAUUUUUAUUAUUAACUUUGCACGACGCCUUCAAGAUUUGUUAUUAUUCAUAUUAUAUUAG